AGUAAAAGCAGAUUUUCACAGCGUUUAGCAGUUUUACAAUGGCGGAGAAACAAUCUCAUCUCAAUGGAGCCUACUAUGGCCCUUCUGUUCCACCAGCUGCGAAUUACCACCGCCCCAGCCGUAGCUCGGGCUGCGGAUGCGGCUGUUGUCUUCUGAAGCUGCUCUUGAAGAUCGUGAUCGCUCUUGUGGUCAUCAUCGGCCUUGCUGUUCUCAUCUUCUGGCUCAUCUUCCGCCCCAACGAGGUCAAGUUCCAUGUCACCGACGUCAGGCUCAAUGAAUUCAGCCUCGAUAACCAAACCCUGCGUUACGACCUUGCGGUUAACAUCACAGUGCGUAACCCCAACAGGAGAAUCGGCAUACACUACGAUCGUAUCGAGGCCAGGGCCUACUACGACGACCAGCGUCUCCAAUCUGUGACUUUGACCCCGUUUUAUCAAGGCCACAAAAACACCAGCUUCUUGAACCCCGUGUUCAGGGGGGAGCAAUUCGUUCGGCUCGGUUCGGAUGAAGUUGCCGAUUACAAUGAAGAGAGGAUUAGUGGUAUUUACAGCAUUGAUGUGAAUCUGCAUUUGAGGAUCAGGUUCAAGGUCGGAAGGGUGAGGACCAGCAGGUUCAGGCCCAGGAUUGAAUGUGACUUGAAGGUUCCUUUGAACACAGCCAAUGGUACCUUGGCUGCUGCUCCUUUCACCACCAAGAGAUGCGAUUGGGAUUACUGAUCACACUUGGACGCCUCUCAUUCAUGCUCCGAUCGACCCUUUGAUUGUAUUUUUCGUUUUGUGAUUCAUACUAUUUAUUCUUUUGUCUU